AACGACUGACCGUCCAACAACAAACGUACGUGUUUCUAUCGAAUCGAAACAAUCCGUAAAAUAGUGAAUUUUUUAUUGCAGUACGAAUACAUCGCUAUUAAAUGGUACGAAUUGUCAACCAAGUCAUUCAUUUCAGCAGCAACUGCUUCAGUUCGCUCAACAACAUGCACCACAAACAGCAGUAACGUCUCAACUUCCAACUUUUCCGACUCCACCAUUUCCAUUUCCGGGUUUGAUAGUUCAAUUCAUUGGUCAAUGCAUAUAA